UCCAUGGCCACUGAUCGGCAGGGCUGGGGUGGGGGGCAGCAAGCACAGAGUCAGCCCAGCUGGGGCAGGCGGGCCUUACGCCAUGAGGCAGCACAGAGCAGCAAAUCUGGGGGCAACUGGACUCAAGAACGGCUCUCUGGAAAGGUGGGAGGUGGUCUGCAGCCUGUGGCCGCCGCAGGACAUGACAGUAAGAAGACAAGGAACCUUCUAAAGGGAUCUACUUUUGUGUAGCAACAAAUGACUGGCCAAGAUGGAUCUGGUUUGCUCACGGAACUGACCCUUCUGCUCGCUCCCUUCUUCCUUCAUGCUGCACUGGAGGUGGGGGGGAGAAAGUCCCAACAGAGGAGAAGAAAUGAGGAGGGACAGCUGCCUUCUUGUGGGGUGUCUUCUGAUGCUUGCAUUGACCGAUGCUGAUCAUUCCUUUCUGCCAGGGCGCAGAGUGUGUUCUGCAGAAGUGCAGAGCCGCACCGUGUCCUUCUUGGUGUCCUCCGUGCACCCUGUCUACCAGCCCUACCUCACCAUGUGCCAGGGACAGAGGGUUUGCAGUACAUACAGCACGACCUACAAGGUCUCCCGCCGUUGGGCAUAUCAGACCGUUUCUCAGCUAGCGUACAGGUGCUGUCCUGGGUGGAGAUGGGUGAAUGGCCACUCCUGGCGUGGAUGUAAUGCAGCCAUCUGCCAUCCGCCUUGCCAAAAUGGUGGGAAGUGUUUGUUUCCCAACGAGUGUGCCUGCCCUGCAGGGUGGACUGGAAGGUGCUGCCAGACAGAUGUGGACGAAUGUGCCGGAGGAAGACACGGGUGCAGUCAGGCUUGCUCCAACGUGGCUGGGAGUUACAGCUGCAGGUGCCAGCAGGGGCAUAUGCUCCGGGCUGAUGGGAAAACAUGCCAGGCCCCAGAAGCACCCACCGAUGCCCCUGGUGUCACUAGUCUGGCUGGAGCCUCCGACCUGACUGUGCAGAAGGACGUGGAGGAGCUGAGGAGCAGAGUGCUGGCGCUGGAGGAAAAGCUUCAACUGGCGUUGGCCCCUCUCCUCAAACUGGAGCUGCCAGGGCUGGAGAGCGUCAGUGCCAGCCCGCUGGGCCUGAUCCUGCACGUGUGGCAGCAGCUGGACAGGAUAGACUCCCUCAGUGAGCAAAUCUCCUUUUUGGAGGAGCAGCUGGAGACAUGCACCUGCCAACCUGAACUUGGUGGACGGAGAAGGAAGAAGAGCCCUACUUUUUGACCUGGUCCCCCCUCCCCUCUUUCCCAGUGUUUAUCAUAUAUACCUCCCGGGCACUGCAGCCGAGACUGGUUCUGGUAACUGGAACCUUGAGCCAGCGAAACACGCACGGUCGGCUGUGGGCCUGCGUAUCCACAGAAUGGCAGCUCUGCUGAAAUGAACAGGAUCUUAUUCCUGAAGAGGUACUUCUUGCCCAUCUGCCCGCCUAGCCUCAAGUGGUGUGAGGUUCAGACAGCAACCACGAAUCAAAAGUGCAGUUUUUCCCUCAAGGGACAGCUUGGGAAAAGUCAGCUGUUCAUGUGAAAAGGCAUCGUGCUACCAGCUUCAGCUUUCUACUGCUCAGGGCUCCCUGAAAUGCUCCUGGGCAUUGUAGUUCUGGGAGGGUGCUGAAUUACCCUCACCUAAUCCCAAAACAGGUUUUCGGUGUUAAAUGGAGAUGGCUGUAAUGAGAUGACAGUGAGCUCGUUUUCCCGUUCUAGGCGUGGUUGCAUGGAACCCCCAUUAGGUUGCAGAAGAAUUUUUUCCAUGCAGCCAAUACCUAUUACAAAUAAAUUAGUCUUUUGCUACCCUGCAGAUCAACCUUUAGUACAGAGUUGCUGUGAGGAAGAGGCUGCCUUUGAGGCCAUUAGCAACAUGAACGAACAGAAGCUUGCUUUAUUCCAGUGCAGGAUUGGGGGCAAAAUUCUUCAGGUGUAUAUUCAGCUCAUUACUGCAUGAAAUGGUACGAUUCACUUGUCAUUUAAUACUUGGGGACUCUAGGCCAGCAACUGAGAGGGCCUGUGAUUUUUUUCCCUUUUAAAAAUGAUUGCAAUAAACUU